GUAACGUUGUUACGUUGUCACGGAGAAAGCGUCAUGUUUUUGGCGUGCAACUUUCCAGCAUCCGUUUCAACAUGGUGAAAACGGAAAAACGUCUCUUAUCCGACAAUGAUGACGUAUCUGAGAAUAUCACAGUUACAAGUCGGGAAUUCAGAAAAGAUAGCUGGCAGUCAUUUCUGAUCUGUUUUGCCCUGUUGUUGAAUAGAGCGUUUAUCAACGGGGUUCUUCAUUCUUGGGGAUUUUUUCUCGUUGCCUUCGUUCAAGACAUGAAGUCAUCGACAGAGACUGCUGCGUGGAUCGGAUCUGUAACGUACGGACUAUCAAAGUUCUUUGGACCAAUAGCCAGUGCCUUGGUCAACAGUUUCGGAGAGCGUGUGGUUCUGGUUGCCGGCGGACUGCUGUGUGCUGUAGCGAUAUUUAGCUCCUCGUUUGUGUCCCACCUAAACCAAAUGUUUGGCACUUUCUCCGUCAUAUACGGGAUCGGGGCUUGUAUGUCCAUCAGCCCCACGAUGACCAUAGCCCCUAAGUACUUUGACAAAUACAUGACACUGGCCGUAGGUCUAAUGACUGCCGGAAGUAGCCUCGGGACGUUGGUGAUGGCGCCCCUUUCUCAAACACUGAUUGACGCCAUCGGUUGGAGAAGGACGUUCCGCUGUUUUGCUGGUACCUGCCUCUUCAGUGCGCUGUGUUGCUGUCUGGUUAGACCCCUGCCGUCCUCCUCUCAGGAUAUACCUCUAGAGGCGAUCAAACGAUCUUCAGUCAAGAAUCUGAUGCAGGACCUGAAGCUGUGGAAGAACAGGGUAUUUGUCGUCUGGACGUGCGCCAUUGCCUGUGUAAUGUUUGGUUAUUACAUCCCAUACGUUCAUUUGGUUUCGUAUGCACAGACGGUCGGAAUUCCUCCCGAGAAAGGCACGGUGAUAAUCAUGGUACUCGGGAUAACCACGGCCGUAGGGCGCAUCGUGUUUGGUAAGAUAGCGGGGGUCGGGGUCCUGAACAGGCUUCACAUGCACCAACUGUCAAUGGUGGUCAGCGGAACAGCGGUGAUGCUGCUCCCGUUGAUCCGCUCCUUUACCGGGAUCAUUAUCUACGUCAUCAUUAUCGGUAUGGUGGACGGUUGUUACGUGGUCCUGCUAUCGGUUCUGACGGUGUCUUUGAUGGCGGGAGAGAAUUCAGUGACCGCCUGGGGAUUUCUGAUCGGUGCGUGCUCUGUAACCUUCACGCUUGGUCCGCCAAUUGCCGGUGCUCUGUUUGACAAGUUAGGAUCCUAUGACGUAGCCUUUCACUGCGCAGGCAUUCCCCUCAUCAGCGGCGCAAUCAUCUUGUUCUUCAUCCCGUGGGCACAGCGGACAUCGCGCUCCAAUAACGCCAUGGUCGUAGUCAGCAACAUGGAGUGUGCAGAUCGUGAAAACUACGACUUCGCAGACGAUUUGAUAGAGGAGGCGAAGAGCUUCGAGAGACGGUCGGGAAACGAAACCGAUGUUGAUGAUAUUAAACUUAAUUUUCCCGCCAAUAGGAAAUCACCCAGCAGACGAUACCGCGAUCAGUGUACGUCUACAUCACCAGAUAAUAUUCAGCAUGUCCCGCAGGACCUCACCGAGGCUAUUUCCAUGUUGCAGGAGAAUGCUCGCCUCAUUUCUGAAAUGUUGGCGAACUCCAAUCCCCAACCAAGAACCGAAGUGGCAUCGAGUGAGAGGAGGAGUGCCAAGUCUCGAAGUGAAAUGGUUCAGCCCACUGUUAUGGAAGUUCACCCACAGAAGAUGAUAAGCAUCAUGUCCAUUCCUGGAGGUCUUACAAUAAGUCACUGGGAGCCGACAGUUCCCAAUCCAUCAGACUCCAUCAGUAACCCACCAUCCAUGUUAGCAUCCCAAAGCCUUCUGCAGAAUACACAAUCCUUCCAUUCCAGAAAUCAAUCAGAUUACAUGGGCUCUCUAGGUACCCACACUGGCAGUCCAGGACAGAACAUGGGCAUCAUAGUGUCACCCAGUGAGAGGACCCAGAUCAGCAGUUCAGGACAGAACAUCAUUGUGUCACCCAGUGAGAGGACCCAGAAUCCCUAUCUUUAUAUACCAACCAUAUCUGUUCAAAACUUGAGUGUCUCAUCAACUCAAAUGGAUGCAUCAACCCAUGAUAAAGUUCACAUGGACCAGUCCAAGGUUCACAAAGAAGACAGGGUCUCAGGGUCCACUUCUACCAAGUUCCUCUCCCCUCCUCAUCAGCAGAUCCAAAGUCCCAAACAAAGCCCCACCGCUGGUCUUUCCCCGAGAGCAAAAGUUAUGUCCCCUGUGUUGUGUGCAAUACCUGAAAUAAUGAAUGGGCAAUCAGUCAGUAUCCCCCAGUCUGAAGUAUCUGGGGCCAACUGUCCUCCAAUAGUGGACAAUGACGCAGAGAAAUGGAUUAAUAAUGACUCACACCCGUAUCUGACACACAGGAGUGACUCCGGGGGGUCACUAGUCUCGGGCAGCAUGCAGAGUUCAUCAAGAGUAGGAGUUCAGUCGGACACCAGUCUAUCUGCUAAAGAGUCCAACAGUUCCAGUUCACACACAGAAAUCGAUGUAUUCAAACAUCUGUUUGAUGACCACGAUGAACUUAACGCGUAGUAUUGAAUCACACUUGUAUAAAUUCUUGGCAAUGAUCUUGAAAAGUAUACAUACACAGUAAUAAACUGUUAAUCCAU